AUGUUUUCCAAAUCGGGAUGGAUUUAUUUAACCGUGGUUCUAGUGACAGUUAAUGGAUUAACAAUUCACAGCGAUUUAGACGAUAAUUACGAUAAAAGCGUGGAAAGUUACAAUGGUACUGCAGUACAAGAAAGGACAGGCAAAAUAUUGUUUCCGUUCGUGAGCAUCGUUCGUUUCGCGAACACUGAAUGCGCGAGUACGAACACAAUGAACGGUACAUGCCUCGCCCGGAGAGAGUGUAACGACCUCCAAGGGACCAUCACCGGCAUCUGCGCUUCCAGGAGGGGACGGUGCUGCGUGAUUUCGAGAUCAUGUGGCUCUACCACAAACGUGAAUAACACUUACUUCAGUAGCCCUGGUUACCCUGCGGCGUUCGGUGGCGGGGCGACGUGCUCGAUCAUCGUUAACCGAUGCAACAACAACGUUUGCCAGCUCCGAAUAGACUUCUUAGACCUGGUAUUGGCACAACCAAACGGCGACGGUAAUUGCGUAACAGACUCCAUUACAAUAACCGGGGGCAACACGGUUGUUCCCGUGAUCUGCGGAGACAACACUGGCCAGACUAUAUACGUGGACUUUAAUGGAAACACCGCUAUCACGAUCAGUAUAGCGGCCACUCUAGCCACCGCCUUCGGGAGGAGAUGGAACAUUAAGCUUGUGCAGUUGGGCUGCGACUGCCCUGGCAUAGCUCCAAACGGAUGCCUGCAGUACUACAGAGGUACGACGGGUACUAUAAGAAGUUUUAAUUACGGCGGAGCAGCAAAUGUGGCGCUGAGCGCUUCGUUGGUGACCGGUACAAGGCAAAUAGUCAAUAUGAACUACGGCAUCUGUAUACGCAUGGAAGCCGGAUUCUGCGCAAUUGACUACACUCAGUCUGCAGGCCUUUUUACGUUCACGGUGUCUGGUGACGUGGAAGGCGCCGAUAACACGGUCCUGGGGACGGCGGUGGGCGCAGCCAACGACGGCGCAUGCACCACGGACUUCGUGGUCAUCCCUAACCCGACGAACUCUGCCACCGGGGUCGCAGUAGGCACUGACCGCUUCUGUGGACUCGGAUUUGUCCCAGUACGAAGUGCAGCCAAGCCCUUCGUCUUGUACGUAGUGACGAACGGCAAUGAAGGAGCGACGCCAACGUCACCGCCAGACGUAGCCAAUAGAGGAUUCUCUUUGACGUACGCACAAGUAGCUUGCUAACGUAUCAGUUCAGUUCAAUAUUCUUGAAAAUUUCUAUACUAGGAAAGGCACAUUAAGGCAAAUAUAUGUGAGUUUAUUGUUCAUUGUUCUGUGUUCUGAAUAGAUAGUUCUUACGCAGCUUUAUACCCAGCCCAAACUAGGAUUUUAACAUUUACAGUGUGGCAGAAUAACUUAUGGGGGGUAACCGUGCACCUUGGGAAGUACUCCCACCUUAUCUAAACCCUCUAUUUAGGGGCGAACGUCCAGGGCAGCAAAAAGAAAUGUUUUUUGUUGCUGCCCUAGACGGUGGACACUAUAUAAAGGGCUGAGGCAUGGUGGAAGUAUUUUAAAAGGUGCAAGGUUGCCCCUUAUAUUAUUCUGCCGCGCUCGAGUACUACUCGAGCGCGCAAUGAAGAACGAAACGCGUGUGAUUCGCGCGUAUAUCUGUGGCGGUCUUAGGGGGUGGCGAACAGGGCAAUCGCCCGGGGCCUCGCUCCUACAGGGGCCUCGCGCAACAACCCAAGCAAAUUUUAAAAAUAUAAAAAAAAUACUAUUUUUUCAAUGACACAAGAUCGGCUUUCAGCCCUCGCUAUUCUUUCAAUCGAAAAUGACGUAGCUUAUUCGUUACAUUAUUGUGCUUUAAUUAAAGAUUUUAGUCUUAGGAAAAGCCGCAAACAUCUAUUUUAAAAUUUAUCAUCUCUGUAUUUGUUAAUUUUGUGAAUCUUUCAAUGUAAAAUAUUUUAAAAUUCAAAUUUGAUUUAUUUGUAUAAUUUAAGCAUUUUUCCUUAAACAUGACAAAUACCUAAACCAAACAACCAGACCUACUUUCGCAUCACAUACUUUUCACGAAGGACAAAGGGCCUCGCAAAGACCUGCCGCCUGGAGCCUCGCAAUCGGUAAGGCUGCCUCUGUCUGGACAGGUACUAAGAGUUAAACCACAACUAGUCUUGUUGAUUAGUUACUCACAGCAUCGGAAAACUAUUUAGAGGAAAAUAUACUACCUACUUACUUAUUAAGGAAAAUUUGUGGCUAGCGUAUUCCAAACCUAAUUGCCACAAGUACGACGGAGCAUACUUAAACAAAUUUUGUUACAUCUAUAUAUAUAAAAAUGUUAUGUUAGUUUGUGUACGCUUCAAAAACUCAAAAAGUUCUGCACCGAUUGAGUUGAAAUUUUAACAUGAUAUAAAAUCCGCAUCAAGGAUUGUUUUUAUCUAUUUUUUGCAUCAGUCACGUAUCUGCGACCGCGAGAAAACAGUUUUUUAACGAUAAAGUGUACCAGUGACCGCGCCAUCUGCCAGAAGCGAGGAAAACACUCGCUGACAACCGCAAUAGUAAUGACGCAGUCACAUGAGAAACAAUUUUUUUCCCAAUUAAAUUGUUUACUAGCUGACCCAGCGAACUUCGUACCGCCCUAAAAAAAUAGGGGUUGUCCAGCGGACAAAAUUGUGAAUCUAAACCAUUCUCAGAUCCCCUUGAACACACACAAAAAAUUUCAUCCAAAUCGGUCCAGUCGUUUAAGAGAAGUUCAGUGACAUACACACUCACAGAAGAAUUAUAUAUAUAAAGAUUUACAAAAAAAAAUUGCAUCUGAUUCUGAUUAUUAUAUAAUCUGAAUUAAAUAUUCACUUAAUUCAAGAAUUUUUGGUGUGAUAGUGUUGUGAUCGAACUGCGCCUUUCACCAAAUCGUAAGUAGAGGUUAUAUUUUAUAUCAAAGAUGGACAGUAACAAUUUUAUUUUUUUGCAAUUAUUAUUUAUUUAAUAUUAAUUAAUUAAAUAAAUAAGUAAAAUAUUAGUUAAAUAAUUAAUCAAUAAGAAAACAUAUUUAUUAUUGAAGUGAAUCUUUUCUAUCGACGUAUGAGAGAAAUUUUAUAGCAAUGUUUGUUUCUAUAAUUCAAUAGUGACGUAAAAGAUAAUAAUAUUUUAAUAAUAAACUGACAGGCAAAAUAAAAGGACUUAUUAUAAUUCAAGUGGAUUUCUAACAGAAGUGAGUGGUUAUAUCUUUUUUAUUACAUCUAACACGUGGACGUAAUUAUAGUAUUUAUUUUGGAUUAACCUCACUUUUUGUUUAUAGGUAUCAGUUAAUGUAUACAUAUAAAUAUAAUUACAUUAAAACUAGCAAUUAUUAAUUAAUACGAAUGUCAAUAUAGUAAACAUCAAUUAAUUUCAAUAAUAAAAUCAAAUAAAAAUAACAAUUAAAUGUAAAACAGUUCACAGUUAGAAAAUGAAAAACAUAAAGCAUUUUUUUUAAUUAUUUAUUUUUAAUAAUUGUCUUAUAAACUCUGCAACAGCACGCGACUUGCAGUUAAGAAAUUAAUGAAUAACGUAGUGGAAGCAACGAUUUUAACGAGGCCUUUCAAAGGUGAAGAUCCCGACCGAUACACCAUUUCAAUUUAAAAGAUUGCAAUUCCCAAUUCGAUUGGCAUUUGCAAUCACAAUCAAUAAAGCUCAAGGUCAAUCUUUAGAAUUGUGUGGUUUAGAUUUAGAUGAGGAUUGCUUUUCACAUGGACAACUGUAUGUUGCGUGUUCCCGAGUCGGCAAACCAGAGUCUUUAUAUCUACGCAGACAGUGGAAAAACAAAAAAUAUUGUAUAUCCACAAGUAUUGCAAAAUUAAACUUAUAUGAAAUGUAUUCUUUGUUUUGUUUCUCAUUUCUCAACCAUUCAAUCACAAUGUGCCACUGCGAAGCGUGGCAGGGUACAGCUAGUAUACAUAUAUUUUUUGUUUUGUUCUGUUCUUUUUUGUUCCUAGCGAUAUUUAAAGCAUUGCCACCAUGUAUUCAAUCAGUAAACCAUGACGAUGAAUAUGUUUUUAAUAGUUUUAGUUGAGUAAUAUUUAAGAACCAUUUUGAUAUUAAGUAAUUUAUUUUAUAUUUAUUUUCACAUUAGCAUUUUAGGUACCAUCGUGUUUACUCAGAAAAGAGUUAAUACCCCAAAUGGAAUUAAAAAGAUCCGCGAGUAUACCUUAACCUAAAGCUCAAUAAACAUUAAAUAAAACAUACCGAUGUAGGUAUAAUAACACCCAAUGAUGAAGAUUUUUUGAUGCGCGAUGCCGAUAAUUCUUUUAUCUACAUCCAUGCCUAAAAACCUCUGAAACAGAUAUAAGCUAUCUAUUUCAGAGAUUUUAUAGGUUGCCAACAUUUAAACAUCCAAUGUCCUAAUAAUUAAAAUAUGCAAACGGAUAAUAUAAUGUUGAAGGUAAUAAAUUAAAUAUUAAUACUCCUUCGCCUUUUCGAUCCCUACCGUACAAAUGGUUUACUCAUCAGACAGUCACAAUUUUUACGGAUCAAAGUGUUAUACACUUCUGGACACAUCUAUUGGCCCACCUUAGAGUUUAGGUUUCGAUGGCCCCUACCGAAAUAUGAUUGCUAGAUUGAACAAAAACUGUUGAUGCAGUUUUAAACCUGAUACAUUUUACCAUCUUUUUCGAUCGUAUUGUUUUAAAUUUGAAUUCAGAAUACCAUACGACAUGGAGCUACGCCUAACAAGUCGGAUAUGCGCCUUGUUAAAGGCAAUUGAUUUUUGAAUAAAAAACAUGUAUUAUCAAAUAAAGAUUUAAUUUAAUAACGCGUGUUGCCUCCAUGGGCAUCUACCACAGCUCUCAUACGAUUAGGCAUAGAGUUUAUCAACCGCUCUAUGAAAUUUUGAGGGAUCAUCUCCCAUUCCUCUUCUAUGGCAGUUUUCAACUCCUGCAUCGUCUGGGUAACUGGCUGACGAGCCCUAACACGUCUUUUUAGCUCGUCCCACAUGUGCUCAAUGGGGUUCAUGUCUGGGCUUCUGGCUGGCCAGUCCAUAACUGUGAUGUUCACAUCCCGAAGAUAUUCCCUGACGAUGCCGGCCGCAUGGGCUCUUGCAUUAUCAUGCAUAAAAAGGAAAUUUGGGCCCACAUAGUCCGCGUAUGGUAUCACGUGAGGUUCUAAGCACUCACGAAUGUACCUUUCAGCAUUUAAUGUUGGCAGCCGUGGUCCUGUAACAACCUCAAGUUGAGUUUUGCCGCUCGCGGAUAUACCGCCCCAGACAGUCCAUGAUCCACCACCAUAAGCAACCCUCUCUUCAUAGCAGCAUUGUGCGAAACGCUCUCCCUUACGUCGGUAAACCUUCUUCCUUCCAUCAUUGCCAUGUAACACAAUUUUAGACUCAUCAGAAAAGAGUACACGGCUCUAAUCUUGCUGUGUCCAAUUUAAAUGACUGCGUGCGAAAUGAAGGCGUGCUGUUCGGUGAGCUCGCGUUAGUUUGGGCCCAUUAGCUGGCUUGUGUGGUACCAUAUCGCGUUCUUUUAACCUUCUCCGAACAGUUCGAGCGCUCACAGAUACUCCGUGGAAGUCGCGAAUUUGUUUUUGUAUCUCAAUGGAGGUAAGGUGACGAUUUCUCAAGCUGGUCGUCACGAUGAAUCGAUCCUGCCUUUCAGUUGUGACCCGAGAUCGUGGCCUUCCUUGGCGACGAACAAAGCCGCCAGUCUCUAGGUACCUCCAAUAAACAUUUCGGACCGCAGAUCGACUUAAAUUAAGUUGAGCACUCACGUUUCUUUGGCUUUGUCCGGCCUGAAUAAGUGCCACAGCUUGGGCGGCGACUUCAGGUGAAGUAUCCAUAGAUUAUUGAUAGAACCUCACCUUAAUGUUAAGAAUAAGUAAUGUUUGUUGCAAAACCAAAGAUAUCAAUCACUUUUUCAAGAAUUAAAUCCAAGUAAACCAAUAAAACCAAGUUUUCUUAGUAUUCGAUUGUUUGAUAUCAACAAACAGACUCCAAAUUGUCUUUUGUUUCUUUAAAUUCUGUGUUCGAAAUUCAAAAAAAGACUAUUUGAAUAAAAUUGUGAAUGUGCCAGGUUCAAAACUGCAUAAAAACUUUUUGCUCGACCUAAUAUAAAAUUUUAGCUAGGACCAAACGAAACUGAAAAUACAAGGUGGGCCAAUAGAUGUGUCCAGAAGUGUAUGUGUCUAUAUGUAAAAAAUAACAUUGCCAUUCACGCGAUGUGGCAACAGCGUCGAUUCUUUUCAUGAAUUUAAAUUUCUUAAAACGCCUCAUUGUUUCAGAAUAUUUUAUAGAGGUUUCAUAUCAAGAACGUAGAUGAAGUCUUGUAUGCAACUGUUUAUAAUUAAACUGUAUAUAAGCGUCAUGUAAGUGUCGCCUCGUGUGAUAAACCCACAUUAGUGUUUUAAUCUUAGAUUAAAACAAAAAGUGUAGAUACGGCACUAGCCUCACAAAAGUGAUCAGCACAAAUUGUGGUCCACGACCCUAAUCGCUUUAGUCACAACUUGACAUGCAAACGACGUACAUCUAAACGCCAAAACGAAAUAUUGAUAAAAUUUUGUGUUUAUAUGAUAAAACAAUGCCUAAGUAUGUUUUUAAAAAGUGCUCAAAUUGCUCAAGAAUUAAAAAUAGAACCCACGGCAUCACUUUUCAUUCGGAAGUACUAUAAAAUAUAUUUUUUCAUUAAAAAUUGCUGUUUCUUUUGAAUCUUAUUCGGUAGUGACGUCGAGUACUGGUCGCGUGAUUGGUGGGUAGUGCAGUGACGCGGAUCUCGCCGUCUCGUUCGCGCGGCCGUUGCAACUUAACGUGCCGUUUCGCUCGGAUCGGGAAUGCAGUGACGCGGAUCUCGCCGUCCCGUUCGCGCUGCCGUGGGAUCAGUUUUUGUUUGAUGCAAGUAUGAGCGUACCGUAUCUACCCUUUUUGUAUUAAUCUAAGGUUUUAAUACCCCUCAUACAUACAUACAACAGUUGCAUAAAUAACUUAUUUCAGCCAUGUAAGCCAAGUGUUUCAUGCGUCUACCAAGGUGAUAGCAAAAGGAGACUAGUUUAAAUCCAACCUGUGCUGUUUGCUUUAGAUUUAAGACUUUUUCGUAAAGACGACUUUAACAAACACGACGGUGUUUGAACUAAUUAUUAUCUUCUUUUCGAAGUUAUGGAAAUAAACUUUUUGAAUUUGAUUUACUUGCUUUAUUUGAAUUGUCUAUUUCAGGUGGGUUUUAAUAAAAAACAACGACUAAAAUUAAACAUUGUAUUAACAAAUUAACAAAACGAAUCACAAUGUGUUCUAUAAGAUACCCUAAAAUUAUUAAGACUUCUUUUGAUUGUCGCCAUUAGCUAUGGUUUGUGAAGUAAACUAGUCUAUUCUCUACACAUCAUUUAAGCUUUAAAGUAUUUUUGUGGGUGUGUUAUAUACGUAACGAAAGACUGCUAUCAUAAUCAGUACCCCAAAUUCGAAAAACUAGCGAGAAAGUAUUCUUAUCGCCAUCGUCAAAGUUUCUAGAAAUUAAGCAGCCCUUACUAAGUCCGUCCAUAGAAACUGUGCCGAUGGCGAUACGAAUACUUUCUCGCAUAUUGUUCGUGUCUUGUACUGAACAAGCCCUGAGCAAUCCGAAAGUGUCAUGUUUCUAUAAAUGUAUAUGUUUUUACUCCAAAAAAAGUUGGACACGGUUUCAAAGCUUGUUUAGGCUAAUUUUCUGUUUUUUUUUAAUGUUUUUGAUCGAAUGCCUUACUUUUUUAUUAUAAUGUGUAAAUAUUAUAAUGUUUAGCACUAUAUCUAAUAAUCACUUUAAAACAAUCAGGCAUUGACUGCAAAAAAAAUAAAUACGAUAAAACUAAAUGAAAAUGUAACCUAUGUAUACAGCUGUAAAACCAAACUUGUAUCAUUAAAGUUUUAGAAUUGAAAAUUACAAAAGACAAUUUACAAAUAACAUUGUUUUUUUUUAACUAUCUGUUGAAAGGGAAUUUUCAUCAUUAUUUUGUUGUAAAUUCAAUCACUAUUAACUAAGUUACUUAACAAUUUGAAAUGCAAAAGUUUAUACUGUGAGUUUUUGAUUACCUCUAUGACGUAUAAUAUAUGUAUCGGUUUAUAAAAUACAAGUACUUUUGAGAUAAGUAGAGAAAUGUUAUUAUUCCACGAGACUGCGGAAAUCAACCAUUCCUAAAGAAAAUAUGUAUUUUAAAUAAAUAAACUAAUAUUGUAUUUUACGUACUGUUUCAAACCUAAUUAAAGUAAUACACAAAGCGAUCAAAGUUGGAUCAAAGGCACAAAAGAUUGCUUUAAUAUAAGAGCAAGCGCGCACUUGAGAUUUUAAAUUUUUCCGUUAAACGGUUCGGUGAGUUCAUUAUCCGAUCAAAAACCGACAAAUUGGAGUACCGAAAAUCAUGUUCCAAUUGAUCUAUCAAACAAUGUUCGCCGAUUCUUAUUCAAUAAAUGUUUGCUUGCAUACUUCGCAUGAAGAAAUUACUAUGAAUAAGGCAUAGUGCUUAUACUCCAAACUAUCAGCCAACAUUCCCAACAAGAACACUCUCUUAACCCCUUAUUAAUAAACAAGGAAUAAGCUUAGACUAGUUACGCCGUGUUUUGUUCAUGUCACUCAAAUGCCAUUUGUCAUUCAAUGAACAUAGAAAAAACAUGAAGUAACUAAUCCAAGUUUAUUCUUUAUUUGUUUAUUAAUAAGGAGGUUAAAAUUUACUUGCGUUAUACACAGCAAAGUUAACAAUACAGUGCAAGUUAUUUUCAGUGUACGGCUACUCCAUAUACAAUGCGCUAUACAUAUAUUGACAAUAUAAAUAGUCGGUCCACCAUUCUACCUGCUUCUGACCAAAGCGUGGGUAUUCUAACUCAAAAAUGUAGAGUUAGUGCGCACACUACAAGGCUGAAUUAUCGAACGAUAAUUAGAUCACGAUUGUCAUACGAUAACUGCACUACCACUGGCUAUUGAUUGAAAUGAAAAUAGCAAAUGCGCGUUCACUCGAUAUGUACUUUCAGGGACAAUUUGUCAGAACAGCAUAAAUAUUAAAAAUAUUUACACGACACUUUAGUUAGGACGCAAAGUAUAAGUUUACCACUGAUCGAGAAAUACGAUUCUGCGUGGUGCAUGUUACGCGUGCACUGCCAUUACCUUGCCGGUAGUCCCUUGUAUUGUGUUCUUGAUGUCGUCAUACCACUUGCCGAUUUCUGUGUUCGCUUUAAGGUCCUGGAAAGCUUGACAGCCCUCAAUACUACUUAAUACUCCGUAGACCGACACAUCGGCUAAAUUAGGCUCGUCUCCACCUAAGAAUCGCCCUCGUUUCUUCACAGCGGCUGUCCAUUCGUUAGCAGCGUCGUACAAAGACUGUCGUGCGUCCGUGAUGUUGUGU